AUGGCAGGGGAUGCAAUUUGGAAACGUGGUUUCGAUUGUGAUCGAGGUGGCAAGCCAAAGUGUACGCAGCAUCUUAAAGAUGAAGACCGGAAGCGCCCCAUGCGAGGUUCCAUGCGUAUUGGUUGUCCGAUGAAGAUAAUACUCCAAGUCGUGGACAAGUCUGAUCCUACUGGGGAAUGGAAGAUUGUACACACGAGAAACGGAAGUCGUCUUCACAACCAUCCACCGUCAGAAGACGCCAGAGUUCAUCCAGGUCAUCGUCAACGGGCAGCAGCUUCUACUAGUGCGCUACCGACAGCUUCGCUACAAGAUAUCAUCGGUUCUCAAACUGCUGUUGGGUCUACAACUGCAAGGGUGCAUGCCAGCUUGAUUGACGCAGACCCUGAUUCUUUUGUUAUUCCACAAGAUAUCGCAAACAUGAGAAGCAAUUCUCGUCGCCAUGAACUCGCCACCAAGACCGUUAUGGAAGCUGUGUUUAAUCGGCUGGAGUCUGAUGGAUUUUACUAUCGAUAUGAGUUGGAUUUGGAAACACAAAGGGUCCUUUAUUUGUUCUGGGCUCAUCCGGGUACGCUGGAACAGUACCGACUUCACUGUGAUGUCGCUGGAAUGGAUUGUACAUACAAAACCAACAAAUACAAGCUUCCUUUGUUGAACAUCAUCACUAUGACUGGAUUUAACACGGUGCUACCUGUUGCACAAUGCUGGCUACCGCGAGGAAGAGAGAAGACUAUACCUGGGCUAUGA